CUUAUUUUGAACACGCCAUUUGCACAUAAAUUAUGUGUUGUACGAAUGUUCUUCCAUCAGAGACAGAAUUGAUGUCAGUUAAGACUAAUUAGCAGAGUCUUCAACGCUAAGUUUUUAGAACUGUUCUCCACAGUAAGAUGAUGUACAGUGAGAAACUGCCAGUCAUGUAGGAUCAAAGUUACCCUGAAGAUGUCAUGGUCAGAUAAUAUAUAGAUUGAAAAGAGCAGAACAUAACGGAUACUAUGGCACAUAUUGCUCUGAAUCCUGAAAUUUCAAGGGGAGCUGCAAGUUCUGUCUUACAUUGCCCUGAUACACUACAGGACCUGUGUGUAUUCUACCUAAUCAACAAUGUAGAUAUACUUGUGCAAUCCCUGAACAAAACACAAGACACAAAUGAAGAGUUCACUUCAUUAUUUUCGUUGUUGCAUGCCAACAGAAUGUUGGGAUAUUACAAUAAAUGCUGCAUACCAUGUGAUCAUGAACUCCCAUACAUUGAUAAGCUAAUGGAACAUUUUUACCAGUGUGACGAAAUAAGUAUAACUACUACAAUACCCUUGACAGAGAAAAAUGUUCAGACACUUGCUAAUUCAUGUAAGUCAGUUAGAAGACUUGAUCUUACAUGCUUUGAUAACAACGCACAAUUCGCUGCCUACAGAGGAUUGCUUGAGAACAAUUUACCUCAUUUGACAUCAUUAAAGCUGUCCCAGAAAUGUGAAGAAGAUUGUACAGUUGACCUUUUAAAUGUGCUUGGUGGAAGAGACUUUGAUGCUAAUAUUGACUCAAGUGAUGAUGAUGACAACAACAACAAUGAUGAUGAUGAUGAUGACAAUAACAACAAUGCUGAUGAUGAUGCUACUACUGCUGCAGCUGAUGAUGAUGACAAGCAAGGAGCUACCGGUAAUAUUAAAAAGACAGAAGGUGAUAGUGCAGAGAAAACAGAUUUGCAGAUAGAUAACUUAGAUACCGAGACUGUCACAGACACAGAAACUGUCGAAUCAGAAGACAAACAAUCUGAAAUUAUUUCCAACAAGUUAAUUUCAAAUUUGAAAACUUUUAGUUACCUACAACUUGACUCCUGCGCUCAUCCAAACUGUGAGCCAUGUAGUAGUUUUGGGUGGUUUUAUGCUCUUCUUUCAAGGGUUAUCAGCAGUAACCAACAUCUGCAGUCUUUCAAGUUAGUCACUAUUAUCUCAAACCCAAUCGAAUGGUUCCUGUCUCAGCCAGAUCUAUCAAAGCUCAAGGAUCUUCAGUCUUUGUGUUUGUCUUUAGAGUUUAUGGAUGACUAUGUAGCAGAUAGUGAUGAAAUCAAGAUGCCAUACACCGACAAGUUCUUUACAAACUUACCUGUUCUUCAAAACCUAAGGCAUUUGGAUAUCUCAUGUAGUGUUCCAGUGGAAGACUUCAUGUCAUCAAUGUUUUCCUACUCUGAGCAAACGGUUGAAAUGUUCAUCGAGGCAUUGAAGGUGAUGCCACAGUUGAAAUCACUGGAUAUAUCUGGCACAAACCUUGCUACCAUUAUUUGUCACACAGAUAAAGGAGAUCAGAAGUGUAGAGGUCACUGUAUGCCAGGAUUUGAGGGUAGACGGUUUGACUUUCUUGGACUAUAUGGUACUGAUUCAUGUACACACAAGUUCAUUCCAGCUGAUAGGGUGAGUGGGACUGCAAGCAUUGAACAGUUGGUAGAAGCUCUGAAAUCUCUGCAGCACAAUGGGAUGCUCAUGUCUGCGGUAAUCCAAGACAUAAGCAAGUGGAUAAAGGAACAUAGGGUUGGCAGUACAGCAGGUCUUGCCUUGGUAGAUGGUCUUAUAAUGUUUGUGACACAAUUAGGAGAAUGGAAUGAUAGCGGAGCAUCUGAAGAAUUUGAAGAGAAAAGUAUUUGUAUCGCUUUGGAAAUUAUGCUCAGUCUGGUAGUAGACCAUGGUAUGGUGGAAUGUUUUACUGUCAGAAGGAAGAGAUUGCUUCUGGAGCAGCUUCUUAAUGUUUGUAACAUGAUGUGUACCAGGGUUCGCUGGAAGCUAAGGGCCACAAGGAUCACAGAACAGAGAACUAAGAUAUUGGAGAAGUCCUUGCUGUUGAUUUUUCACCUUGACUUGGAGCGUACAGCAAUGUACAGCUACAGAUUCAAGCAGUAUAUACAAGUUUUGCUUGGAAUAUUCCACAGUCCAGUGAGACAAAAUGAGAAAUUAUUCUCCCUCAAUUUGCUAUAUUCAGUUUGCAAAAACAAUCAGGAAUAUAAGGUGGUUGCUGGCAAAAAGUUGGAACUUGUUAAGAUAUUGUUAAAAGAAAUCAAAGAAAAAGCAAGUUCAUCUUUCAUGCCAAAAAUAUGGAAUAUUCUGUGGACUCUUACUGAAGGCGUCCCAUGUAACUGUGAGUUGUUUGUACAGAAUGAAGGGUUGCAGUUAUCCAGAACCUGUAUUUAUAAAUAUUCUGAUGACAAAACUCUCAGGGAAGUGAUCACCGCGACUUUGGUUGGUGUAUCUGAAAAUCCUGGUUUGAUUACUUGGUCGAUGAUUUCGGGCAUGGUAUCAAUGUUUGAGGAGCUCUUGUCAUAUGAAAAUGAAGAAGACUUUGGUGUAAGUUCUAACGCUGCGGAUUUUCUCAUCAUGCAGGCUUUGCAUGGUCCUGAGGCGUGGACAGUGAGGAAACCGUCAAGAGAUGAAAUAUUAGAGAAAAUAGACCAGGUCAUGCACAAAUGGGACAUGAAUAAACCCAUAGGCGGAAAAAUCAGGUGGUCAUUGUCUACAGUUUUGUCACACCUGGACAGUUAUAGCACCCCAGUUGCACAAUAUUGGGCAGCUUGGCUCAUAUAUAAUUCGAUCAUUGUUUCACCUAAGCGUUAUUGUGAAAUGUUAGAAUCUGGAGAUGGAUUGGCCAAGAUUGACAGUGUGUUACAACAUGGAGGACUGCGAGAUGACAUUGUGAUUCUCCUAGAGAAGAUCAGAACAUUAACCAUGGAGUACAAAGAACAACGAUGAGGAAAUAUACACACAACACAAAUACGGAAAAUAAAAAUGAAUAAGAGCAACAAAUGAGGAAAUAUAUAGACAGUUAAGAGCAGGUGAGGAAAAAUAAAAACAGAUAAAAUGGAAUACAAGGAGCGAUGAUUAGGGAAAAUACAAACAGCACAAUGAGGAAAUACACAAUCAGUAAGAGCAAUAAAUGAAGAAACAUACAAACAGUUAUGGGCAACAAAUGUGGAAAUAUACAAACAACAUGAUGCGGAAAUAUACAAAGAAUUCAGAGCAACAAAUAAGGAAAUAAACAGUGAAGAUCAACAGAUGAGGAAAUACACAAAAGAUGACAAAAUAGGCAAACAGUUAAGUGCAACAGACUAGGAAAUUUACAAGCAAUGAAGAGAAACAGUUGAAUUAUUAAUUUAGCAAUGCAUUGGCUUGUUAAAUGUAUAGUUAUACUAUUAUGUUACGAACUGUUUAAUUGAUACCUACAUUGAAAUUAUUUGAAUGAAAAUACAGGUAAUUGGAUAAUAUGUUAAAGAUAUUCAGUGCCCAUCUUUCACCAAAAUAUUUUAUCUUCAGUAUUUAGUUCAAAUGUAGAAAAUCCUCAUCCAGUGUACUUGACUAUAUAUUUAACUUUACUAAAUAAAUAAACUAAAUUAAAUGAUGUACAGUAACAGAAUUGUUUAAAAACCAUAUUCAUACUGUUUAUAACUAUACAUGUACCAAGUAGUAACCAUAUUUAGUCUAAUGCAUAUUACUGUAAAUUCACAUAAACUUGUUAAUUUUUGUGUUUACAUAAAUUAUAAGUAGUAGUUGUUUAUAAUUCAAGUAUACCUUUAAGAAUAUUUUUAGCUGGGAUACAUUGACAUUUUAUAAGUACAAUAACUGAGAAAUUGUUUUGUUUUGUAGUUCCUACCUUUUCAAAAAAAAAAGGGAAAAUAGAAGUGGGCUGCUUCACUUCCUAUCUGGUCCAUAUAGGAAAUCUAGGUUAAGUUUGAAACUGGAUUAUUUGGGUAAAAAACUAGGACACUUGAAACACUUGAAAGGUCACUAUUUCAACUUAAUCAUCAUCAAUUUUUGUCAGAAUGUAUAUCCAUUUGAAGUCUAGGUCAAGUUCAAAAGUUGGUUACAUGGGGUAAAACCUAGGUCACUGAAAAACUCUGUUAAUGACUUACCUGAUCUACAUAAAAUAUGAUCAAAAUGUUUCUGAGCUAUUCAGAACCGAGUUUGGCAUUUGUUAUAAUGUAAAAUCAUUUAUUUUCAUGGGGGACAAUUUUUGUGGAUUUCAUAGUUACGUAAAUCCACUACAUCAAAUCCCAAUUUACACACUCCCUUCGACCGAUAUUUAGCCUUACUGUCUUCGCCAAGUGAUUUUAUGUUAGUGUAUGCUCAAGAUGAGCAGCUGUUGCACUCGGAUUAUAAGGAUAAACUUUCAGGGCUUUUUUAGCUCACCUGUCACUAAGUGACAAGGUGAGCUAUUGUGACCGCUAAAAUUUUUUAGAAAUUCUGCAAUGUAAACAAAAAAAAAACAACAUAGGUUUGUAGUAACUUUAUUUAGUUAUUACAGUAUUCUUUGAGCAGAGGAAUAGGAAUUUGGAUGAAAUUUUAAAUUUUAUACUGGCGAGUUUCUUUUAUGUGAAUAAUCUUCGUGUUUUUUAUUUUUUUUUUUACAUUCUUAGAUUUUUUGCAAAUGAGCAGAAGCUAACAUAGAUUGGAAAUAAAUCUAUUUCACCGUUUUUAAUUCAAAAUCAUAGCAGUGUUAAAAGAAUGUUAAAACCUA